CAGACUGGCUGGAGCCCCGGUUCCCCUUCCCAGGCCGGGCAGGACGCGGUGGGAGAGGGCGAGCGAGGGCGGCCGGGCCUGGGCCGGGCCCUGACUGAGGUGGCGGGUAGCGGGGCGCGCGAGCCGCAUGAGUGGAUGGAGCCGGGCUCGGGGCUGCAGCGGCGGGGGCCGGGGCUCGGCGGCGGCGGCGGCGGCGGCGGCGGCGGCCUGGGCUCGGCCGGGGGCUCUCCCGCGCUCUCGGGGCCUCUGGCCCGCCGCAGGAAGCAGCCGCCGCGCCCGGCGGACUUCAAGCUGCAGGUGAUCAUCAUCGGCUCCCGCGGCGUCGGCAAGACCAGCCUGAUGGAGCGCUUCACCGACGAUACCUUCUGCGAGGCCUGCAAGUCCACCGUAGGUGUUGAUUUUAAAAUCAAAACAGUAGAGCUAAGAGGAAAGAAAAUUAGAUUACAAAUCUGGGACACAGCAGGUCAGGAAAGAUUCAACAGCAUUACCUCAGCUUAUUACAGAAGUGCCAAGGGAAUUAUAUUGGUGUAUGAUAUCACGAAGAAGGAGACAUUUGAUGAUUUGCCAAAAUGGAUGAAAAUGAUUGAUAAGUAUGCCUCAGAAGAUGCUGAGCUUCUACUGGUUGGAAAUAAAUUAGACUGUGAAGUGGACAGAGAGAUUAGUCGGCAACAGGGGGAAAAAUUUGCACAGCAGAUAACUGGGAUGCGGUUUUGUGAAGCUAGUGCCAAGGACAAUUUUAAUGUGGAUGAAAUAUUCCUGAAAUUAGUUGAUGACAUCCUAAGAAAGAUGCCUUUGGAUGUAAUAAGGAAUGAAUUGUCCAACAGUAUCCUGUCUCUACAACCAGAGCCAGAAAUUCCACCAGAACUGCCUCCUCCAAGACCUCAUGUUCGUUGUUGCUGACUUGCUGCUUUGUCCAGGGGAAGGAAAGAAGGAAAAAAGCACCUGACUACUCUGCACUACAAUCAUGUGGCAGUUCUUUGUUGCACUUUGAUUCAGAGUCAGAGCUAUACACUAAUUUGUAAAUAUGCAAAUAUGCAAACCUGGGUAGGAUUCAGCUAUAACUGGUUAAGUAUUUCCCUUCCCACAAGUGUUUUUCACUCCUCUUUCCCAGUACUAUAAAUAUUGUAUAAUUGGCUGAGAAAUACGGCACUCCCAAACCUAGGAUGUAAGAAAUUAAAUGCGUACAUUACUUAUUCUGAACAUAAAUGUUGUAAUAGUCCUUGAUAUAAACAGAAUCUCUUCUAGUAUAUGGUGCUUUGCUAGCUUUUUUUUAAAGAUAAUUUUUACAGUUUAGACUUACAUGUAUAAAGAUUUCUUAAGCAGCUUUGUUUCCCACAAAAACUCAAAAGAAAUUGUUUGAUGUAGGAUCUUAAGAUGACUGACAGCACAAUUCUAUGCAUGAUUACUCAGAAGUUCUACUUUGUUACUGGCGCCUAAAUCCAUGUACGGGGCAUCAGAUUACAGACUGAGAGUCAAACCACCAAAUGCUGCUGCUGUGCACCCUCCAUUCAUUUCAGUGGAGCUUACCAUUGAAAUGAACAGGCAUUAUAUAGCAACAGAAUCCAUCGGAUUGUGUCCUGAACAUGCGGCAAAUAGUUAUUUCCAGCGGUUCUUUAUUAUUUAUUAAAUUUCAUGCUAGGUUGUUUGUGUGAGUGUGUAGUGAUGCACUGCAUUCUGCGCAGUUUUUAAAGGUCAAAUUGUCAACUUGCUCAGUCAGUUUUCCCCAAGUAUAAAUUAGCAGUCAGAUUCUGUAUAAAGCAGAGAUAUAUUUGCAAUUUAUUUUAAAAAAAGAUAUAAAAGGCAUUGCUGCUGUCCUAGAUGAAUUUUUAAAAAAUCAUUUUUAGGACAUUUCCUGAUGAGGAAUAGAUGUUUAUUUGUCUGAAAAAAUGAGAUAAGUUUUGUUAAAAUAUACUUUUUCUAAUAGAUGCGUGUAUUCCUUUCAAAUAUGCUGUGUUAAAGGGUUUUUUGUUUUUGUCUGAAUGAAUUUGUGAAUUAUAUCUUUUUGGUAUAUCUUUUAUUAAAACUGCACUGUAUAGUUUAGCUGUGGUAAACCAGUAGCUGCGUAUUUGAAUAACUUGAUGUGUCCUAAAUGUUUGUUGUGGUAUCGAAAACAUUGUCAUUCUAAACUAAGGACAUGCCAAUAAAUUUUGUAUUUAUGAAUGACAAUGAAACUGCAUCUCUUAUUAGAAUGGCAAAUAUCAAAUGCUGGCCAAAAAUGGAAAAUCAAUCUUUGGAAAACAUUUUUAAAAAUCACUUCCUACCUGGUAAUAGAAGGAUAACUGAAUGUGUUGACCUGCAGCAUGAUCCUAAGCAUGUUUUCACUUAUGAGUUCUGCAGAGCUCUAUGGGAUAACUUCUUCGUAAGUGUUCAGGACUGAGGCCUUAGCCAGACUUGUGCCCUCUAUUGCCAUGAGAGUUGCCUGUUGCAGUAGCUCAGCAGCCAGUAGCAAAAGUACUGAUAACUCAUGCAGCAUAAAAUGAAGCCACUGGCUUUCAAAAUUCAAAUUGCCACUUUUAUUUCCUAGUGCCUGAGACUUUGUUCUAUGUGCUAAGCAAGUUGUCUGAUAAAGCAGUGUCCAGUUAUUUUCCUGGUAUCUUCAGGUUUCUGGAGUUAAAUAAUUGAGUGCAUUUUAAGUAUGGCUGGUCUUGGUAUACCUCUUGGAUCAUUUAGUUUCAACUAAUAAAAGAUGCACAAUUGAAAUGUAUUAUUUCUGCUACCACAAUGUGCCUAUACAUUCUGCACACCUACAAUGUGUGGCUUUCUAUAGUAUUGGCUAGAUGAAUUUUGCCAUUUUUGUAGCACUGGUAGGACUGUAAUAAUGCUGUGGGCAGUAACAGUGGAAAGGAACUUAUGGACAAUAAGUUUAAACUGGACAAGCAUUUAGGUGAUUUCCCUGUAUUUUUAAAAAAUAUGUGUUUUGCCUUCAGUUCUUGAAUAAAAAUAUAAGAAAACA